ACUCCUGCAUUUCAAGGUAUAGAUGCUCUCAUAAUCCUCACAAGUGCAGUUCCACAAAUGAAGCCCGGGUUUGAUCCAACAAAAGGUGGAAGGCCUGAGUUCUAUUUUGAUGAUGGUGCAUAUCCUGAACAGGUUGACUGGAUUGGCCAGAAGAAUCAAAUAGAUGCUGCCAAGGCUGCAGGAGUGAAGCAUGUUGUGUUGGUUGGGUCUAUGGGUGGAACAAACACUAAUCAUCCUCUGAACAGCUUGGGAAAUGGGAAUAUAUUGAUUUGGAAGAGAAAGGCUGAACAGUAUCUUGCUGAUUCUGGUCUUCCAUACACAAUCAUAAGGCCCGGUGGUUUGCUAGAUAAAGAAGGAGGGAUUAGGGAACUGAUUGUGGGAAAAGAUGAC